CGACGAUUCACGACUUCAGUUUCAGAAAUUUUCUUGGUGACGACUGUGCGUGUUAAGGUUAAUUAUGUGAAUGGAAGUGAUAUAUUUACUAUUAUGAGAACAUGGAGUUUUCCAGGUUUUCAUGCGUUCAGUGACUCCAAUGUUUUAGUAUUGCGUCGAUGCAUUUCUUGUCGCCGUGAAGCAUUUUUUAUGACUUUAGUCCACUUAAGUACUCACUAGCCUUUCAUUUUAACUCACCCUGCAAGCUGAGGCUUAGGCCUCCUGUCAGUUUACACUCGUCUUGUGCGGGUCAUGUCAACCGAACGUUGCUUUCAAACGGUUGAUAAGCACAAUUUGUGUGAGUGUGUUGUUAGAAGUGAAUGUGGAGUGCUAUCUCUCGCAUCUUUAUCAAGAAGAAAUCCUUUGAUGAAAGUGGAAUAGUCUAUGCCAAUGCAAUGGAGCAGGAUACCUACGACACGAGACAGGCGAAGCAGCGUGCCUCUGUCAAAUGGCUUUUGUCCAAGGCAUAUAAUAACAGAGUGCCAGAGAACUUCAGAGAGCCCUUCUACCGAGACCAUGAGGACCAAGAACACCUUAAACCACAAAUUGUGCACGCACUGGCGAGUGCAGAAAUGUACUGCCUUGCUCUCUCUAGUAUUUAUGGCGAUCCAAAUUAUCACAAUCUUAAUCAUUCAGGCAUUAUUCAAGUACUUCUUCGAAAAGGCAUUAGCAUUCCAGAACCAGUGGACUGUCAGGUGACAGAGACAGUACUCAUUCAAACUAACCCAAUGAAAAUUAGUGCACAUAUGUCAAUGAUGGAAGCCAUGAUGAUUUUGUAUGCAAAAGAAGUAGCUACGUGUGACAGGGUUCAAGCGGCCAUUCAAAGAUUUAGUCAUCAUGCUAGAGCAAGCCCAGACCUGGCACAGACAGAGUCUGAAUUUGCUUUGCUGAGUUGGGUCCGGGAAGCUUUGGCUGCUCUGAGGCAAAAGGUCAAACAGGAAAGAGAACAACAGGGGAAUGGGGAUAAUCAACCAAGAACACCAGAAUUCCCUGAAAUUAAGGAGUUAAAGGAUCUUAGUGAUGGUGUGGGCUUAGCAGCCCUAGUAUCAUUUUAUUGUCCUGAAGAAGUGCCAUGGAAAGAUGUUGUUGUCAGUAACUUUCCUACUGUGUCAGAUUCUGUGAAGAAUCUCAUGCUUGUCCAUGACUUUUGCCGGAGAUGUUUACCUCACACAGUUUUCCACUUAAUGCCUGAAGAUAUUUCAUACCUUCAUAUCAACAGCUCAAUGAAACAAAAUUUAGUCGUUUUUCUAGCCGAUCUCUUCAAUGUUCUCGAAAUUCAUCCUGUUAAAUGUGUUCGGUUUCCUGGCUCUGAAAGAGCACAACAAAACCUCAAAGAAGCUUAUCCGCGCAAUAGUCAAGGCGUGGCACACAAGCGCUGUCUCCCUCAGUCAGUGAGCGUGAUACCGGACUUGCGCAGCAAUUUGUCUGACAUCUCCACUCCUGGCUUCUCAGGCUCAGGCUCAGGUUCUAAAUCUACCAUCCAUACUGGUACAUCUUCAUUAAAAAGGUCACAAAAUAAAGGCUCAGGUGAUGCAUUAGAUGACAGAAGUGAUGAAGCCUUCGUGGUCCAUCGAGGUCGGGGCAUACCGACUCUUAGUUCCGUCGCAGGUGAUGAACCCACAGCUCCUGUGAGAGCACGGCAUAGAGAUCGCAGCUCCGAAAGUGAGGUGGACAUUGGUGUAGGAGCUAGCCUUCCUGCAGGUAGACCAAGUAACUGGGAAGACCAGCGUAGAAGCUCAUACGCUGGAAGACGCUCCCGUAGAAAUUCAGUUGCUGAGGAUUCACAGCUCACCUUAGAAAACUUUGGAGGGUCACAUGAAAAUUUGCACCUUUUGGGCCGUAACCCUGAUAAAGAACCAGCAGUCCAUGUAGGCCGCAGCUUGAGCAGCAAUGGCACACUGAAUGGACCCUCACGGUCUGGCAGUGAGAAGAGUGAUCCAGAGAAACCAUACAAGCAGGUACUUCCAAAGUGCACUGGUGAUCAUGUUGAUGGUGACAUGACAGAAUUGCGUCUACAGUCAACUAAUUUUGCAGAACUCUCUAGACAUAAUAAUAAAUCUAAAGCAGAAGAGUCAACAUUAGGCAUACAUAUAGGUUAUACUACUGAGGAAAGUUCUGGUCGAUCAAAUGGUCACAGUGCUCCGCCUGAGAAGAAGACUACUACUUUUGCUGCGCUACCUCAAACUAACAUCACUACCACUUGGAAAAAGCAAAGCUCAAAUCAUACUUCGUCUGAACCAAGUCCUAACUCUGACCACAUCGCAGAAGAUAUCAGCUCAGGGGGCAGUGGUGGAAGUCCAGCAAUGGCAUCGCAGUUACUGAAUGUCCGCUUGAAAUUAGAAGAAAAAAGACGCCAAAUUGAAAGUGAUAAAAGAAAGAUGGAACUUGAACUCAGUAAACAGCGACAACGUGUUGGUAAAGCAGCUUUCCUACAAGCUGUUACAAAGGGCAAGAAUCAACUAGUAAAGAGCCCAGGUUCAGACUCGAGCAAGGACAGCUCAGAUAGUUCAAGCAAGGCAUCAAAACAGGACAAUGAUGAUGUUCUUAGUCAAGGAGCUGAUAUUGACAACAUGGAUGUUGAACAUUACCAGGAAUCAAUAGCACAGAUGAAUACUAGCCUUCAUGAAAUUCAAGCUGAUUUACAACGCCUAGCUACGCAGCAGAACCAAAUUCAACAACAAACCCCUCAGCCAGCAAAUAUUACUCAACAUGGUCAGCCGUACAGUCAUCAGCAACCCCAGUACCACACAGAGCAGCCUUCAUACCAUCAGAACCUUCCUCCCCCCAUACAGCUUAGAACUCAUCCUACAUAUCAACAGCAACAGCCUCAACCCAUGCAUUCUUUAAUUAAUCAACAUCAGAUGGUCCAUGGCUACUCUAAUUCACCACCGUUGCAACAGACUGCGUUUUCUCAGCAUCAAAUGAAUCAACAUCCUCAAGCACAAAUGCAUAGCAUGAUGAACACAUCUAAUGUGCAAAGUGGGUAUGGGUCCCCACUUCAUCAGCAGCACCAACAGCUGCAGAGUCUGGUUCAACAAAAUAGUCAAUUUUAUCUUCACGAUCCUCAUCAACAGCAGCCCAUGCAACAAACACAGUAUCAACAAAGCCAACAACCCCAACACCAUAUGCCUCCCCAGCAACAUCAAAUGCAACCUCAGCAACAUCAAAUGCAACCUCAGCAACACCAAAUGCAAGCUCAACAACAUCAAAUGCAAGCUCAACAACAUCAAAUGCAAGCCCAACAACAUCAAAUGCAAGCGCAACAGUCAAUGCAACCUCAACAGACAAUGCAAAUUGUACCUCAACCUCAACAAGGUCAACGGCGAACAUGGGGACAAACAACAACUCAGCCUCAUCCUCAGGACUUAAGGACUUGGGGUGACGUGAGUGGGAAGCCUCAAACAGGCUUCCUUCUUCACCAAACCAGUACUGGUUCUGAAGUGAGGUACCUCAAUGGUGACCACCAAUCCCAUCACCCUACCCCCUCUGUUGGACUAAGCAGUCUCAAUGUGUAUGGAUCCCAGCAUAAUCAACAGCCACAGACAAUAACCCAUACCUCAGCUUCGGGCUUUGAACUGCAUGGAGAUGUUGCCCCAACCCCACCUCCAAGACGUACUCCCAGUUCAGUUAAUGCUUCUCCUCAACAUCGAAUUACUCCAACCAUACACAGAACACCUGAGGUGAAACCUCGACAGCAUAGUCUUGCCUCAGAUGACAGAAAUGCCCAAAGGAAUUCUGCUGUUCACACAGCCUUACCAACACCCCCAGUUGACGACAUGGAACCGCAAAGCAUUUCCUUCAUUGGUGAGCCACAUCGACAAGCAGAUAUGCCUAGCAGUGAUGAUAUUUCAUCUGGCAUCAGUAAGAUUCACAUAACUUCAGGAAGCCGAACUUACCGAAUUCCAUCACCGACCCGACCAAACAGUGCAAGGCAUCCUUUGCCACAGCAUAAUGAUACAAAAAAGGCGUUUUAUAUGUUUGGCAACCAGACGGGAGAUGCUCGGCCUGAUGAACUUGAAAUUGACAAUCGUGUUGAAAUGGAGGAACAAGCAGCUCCUGAAAAAGGGUUUUAUAUUUCAUUUGAUGAAGACACUACUCCUAAAAGGCCAAAGCCACCUCUUCGUGCUAAGAGAGCUUCACCAAAGAAGGAGAGAGCUGUCACACAAGUGCUUGACAGUAGUGCAUUAUUUGGAGAACGUGUUGGAAGGGAUCCAACUGAAUCUCAGGCCCGCUUGUUUGACCAUAAGGAUACAUCUUCACCAGCUAGGAAUGCCAACAGAAAUGAGAGAGAUGAAUACUAUCAUGAAUCUCAUGGAAAAAACCCUGUAGAAGAAAUUACUGCUCAUUCACAUAUUGCUAGUAGAUUGUCUAAUGAACCAACUCGUGACAGACAUAGUAGACGCUCUGGCAGUGAAGAUAGUGAAGGGGCCGGCGCAGGCGUUGGGCUCGUUAUUGGCAAUGAGCUAUCAAAUCCUGAUCCUAAUGCUGUGGAUGAAAUGGAGCGAAAAAAAGAGCGCAUCAUGCUUUUAUCACUCCAAAGGCGGCAACAGCAAGAAGAAAUGAAAGCUAGAAAGGAAAUGGAAUCCCAACAAAGAAGAGAGUCAGAAAAAAUGAAAGAGGAGGAAAAGGCAAGGAAGAAAGAAGAGGAAAGAAUCCGCCGACAGUCCAUUCUCGAACAGCAUAAAUUGAAAAAAGCUCUUGAAGAAGCAGAAAGAGAGGGUAAAACUGUGGAUAAAGAUUUGCUCAACUCAGUAAGAUCAAUUCCUAAGAUGCGCAACAAAACAGUUACUAGGCCUAGGCCUAAGACUAUCCAUGUUGACAGUGGCAAUGUUGACCUUGCUGAGGGUUUGCUUUCACCUAGCCGAGGAAAGAAGGGCUCCACAUCCAAUCUAGCAGAUUCCAGCUUGACUCCUAGCAUGAGGCGAGAUUAUUAUCGAGGUUCCACUGAUAGCCUGGCUGAUCGGCAACGCUCAGAGGAAAGGCAAAGUCGCAUGAGACCAGGUCGUAGCUACUCUCUUGUUAGAGAUUCUCCUGAUGAUGGAAGAGGAACUUCUCCUAACAGGAGCACUGCAUUAGGUCGGCGAGGGUCUUAUAAGACUUCCAGAGAUGUGCCAGAACCACAACCUCGUGGAAGACCAAAAUAUUCAACUUAUCAGUCCAACAUGCGUGCGCGCAAGUCAAACUCCCUCAUGAAUUUGAGCGGUUCGAGCACAGACCAGGACAGCAUGGUGUACCGUUACACUGAUACAGACUCAGGUCUGGGCCGGGCCACACCACCUCGGCGAGCUCCAUCCCCUGGCAUGAGUUCAGGCCGACACCUCACUUCUCCCUCAGGACCAGGAUCUCUUCCUCCCGGCCUUACAUCCAAGAGGAGAAUGUUUGAUGAUGGCUCAAGUGAUAUUAGUUCAGCUACAAGCUCAAUGCUGGAUUAUAAUGGUCCUCGUCUCUACAAGCAACCUGCAACAAAAUCAAAUCGUGGUAUUCUGUUGAAUGCUGUUGAGUACUGUGUCUUUCCUGGAGUAGUAAAUAAAGAAGCUAAAAGAAGAGUUCUGGAAGAGAUUGGUCGAUCAGAGGCGAAGCACUUCCUUAUUUUAUUUAGAGAUGCUGGCCUCCAAUUUCGAGCGUUAUAUUCAUACUGCCCUGAAGGAGAAGAAAUUCUUAAAUUGUAUGGCACUGGCCCAAAGCAAGUUACAGACCGCAUGUUUGAUCGUUUCUUUAAAUAUAACUCUGGAGGCAAAUGCUUUUCUCAAGUGCACACCAAGCACCUUACUGUGACAAUUGACGCCUUCACCAUUCACAACAGUCUCUGGCAAGGGAAAAAAGUCAACCUUCCUAGCAAAAAGGAUAUGGCCCUUGUAAUUUAAGGAAAAACAAACUGACACGGUUGUGAGCGCUCUGCUGGCAAGGCCGCUCCCUGCCGUGCCAGCUAGCCAUGCUGCCUGCGGUGCACAAAUCGUAUUAAGAUGCCAUAAAUGUAAGCGAUUGUUGUUGACUAGCGCUUUAAGGCCUUAAUCAAACUACCUGUAACGUAAAUUAUUUUAAAGAAACAAUAAAAGCAUAAUUUUGUGGUUAAUGAACCACAGUCUCAUGAGUGAUGUGGCUGUAAACAUUCCUAUUUAAAAUGGACUGAAAGAUGUAAAGUGAACAAUUUUGGCUGCUUUUUUUCUGUUCUCCUUUUUUACUUAUCUUUUACAUUGAACUUUUUUAUUCCUCUUAUGCCAAACUCAGCUACUGCUUGAACUGAUCUGGUGCUUUUAAACUAUCGAAAUAAUAACUUAUUGCUUCCGCUAUUACAUUUCAAGCAGUUGUAUUGAUGUUGGCAUGUGUUACCUUUUUAAUUGUGAGCUGUUCAAAUUAGUUAGCAGUUCCAAAAACCUGGCUCUUCUUGAAAGACAGAUUUUCAGAUCUUACUGUGAUUUGUGUUCAUGCUGGUUUGGUAAUAACUGUGAUCCUCUGCGUUUCCUAUGAUACAUUCAUAUUAUAUCUUGAUCGUCAUUCAAUUUUGGAAUGUGAAUUAUGAAUAUCCAAUGAACAGUGUCCUGAACAGUUUAUGCAUCUAGUUGUCGCUGUUGAAACUAUUUGUAUUUUGUGAUUUUGAUUUGCUUUUUAAUUAUUAUAGUAUUAUACUUUCGGCUAUGAAAGAGACAGGACAUGUAUUUUUAACGUAUUUUGAUGCAUUUGCUGCAAAUAUUUUCUUUCUUAUCUGAACUACUUUUUCGCUCAUGAUUAAACAAACUUGUCCAUGCAAUAGCUCCAUUGCGACGCAUACAUGUAAUACCAAAUAAUGUAGUCAUGUAAUGUAACCUUGAAUUAUCAAAGAUUUAAAUGAUUGUUAGGUGGGUUUACUCAUUUUGUGUUUUUAGAAGGAUGGUAUUUGUGCUGAGAGUGAAUAAGUGUUAUCUUUAUUCUGUGCCAAUUGGGUAUUUUAGCGUCUUAACACAGGCAUUGGCUGAGAAAUUCUUUUUCAUUCUGAGAAUAUUAAGAUGAUCUGUCCCUCAAUUGUAAAAUUUGGCACUAUUUCUUGAAAUUUGUAAAGAACUAUGAUUAUGAAAUCAUGAAGUCGGAUAUUUUGUCUGGAUUAUUUUUACACAUUGUAUUGUAGAUGCUAACAUACUGAGUUUGCUGCACAUCCCCCUAGAUAGGAACCUUUCAAUUAAUGAGUACCAUUACCAUCUAAUUUCAGACACUGUGGAGCUUUGUUUUAUUAUAAGAUACUAAACUGUAACAACGCUUCACCAUCCUUGUCAAAUUCUAUCUACUUUUGAGUCAAAACAUAACUAUAAUUUUAGAUGCAUAUGUGUAAAAGCCACAAUUUUGAUGGUACUAGGUAACUUACACUUUUAAAGAAAUCAUGUGGAAAUUGAAGCGUAUGAGAGCAACUGGUGUGACACAUUGUGUGGAUGAGGUUGUAUUAACAGAACUUAUACUCAUUUAUUUUAUUUUUAUCCUUUUCACUAGAGACCAUAAACAGAACGUAAAUUUGCAUGGAAGAUUUUGUCUGACUGACUGUAAAUGAUUGCUGUCAUUGUAAAUGCUUAAAAUGUUAGCUUUCAAACUUUCUGUUCAAGACCUACUAAUUUGUGUAUGUAAAUAUGUUUUUGUUUUUUAUGUAUGCAAAUAUUUAUUGAUCAUUCAUUGAUAUGUGGGUCAAUAUUACUUAUUUCAUUUGAUGAGGAAGAAAGAACUACCAUAACAUUUUCCAGCUGCUGAAGUACUGUACUUAUUUUCUAUGGAGAUACCUAAUAAAUUCCAGGCUGUUAAUAA